AUGAAGUCAGUAACGACAAAGCUCAAACUCUUCCGACCAGCACUUACGUCACGAUGUUCUUACAGCUCCACCGAUCAAACUCUUCUUCUUAACGAAUUCACCAGAUUCUGCUACCAGAGAGACCUUCCCAGAGCUCUCAAAUCAAUGGAUUCGUUGCAAAGUCAUGGCCUUUGGGCCGAUUCCGCGACUUACUCCGAGCUAAUCAAGUGCUGCUUAGACCAUAGAGCUGUUCACGAAGGAAAUCUCGUUUGUCGUCAUCUAUACUUCAACGGGAACCAACCAAUGCUCUUCCUGGUUAACGUUCUCAUCAACAUGUAUGUGAAAUUCAAUCUUUUGGAUAAAGCCCACAACUUGUUCGACAAAAUGCCUCAAAGGAAUGUUAUUUCCUGGACUACGUUGAUCUCUGCUUACUCUAAGCACAAGCAUCACCAAAAAGCUUUAAAGCUUUUGGUUUUGAUGCUGAGAGAAAGUGUGAGACCCAAUGUUUACACUUACUCCUCUGUGUUAAGAUCCUGCAACGGUAUGUCUGAUGUUAGAAUGAUCCAAUGUGGGAUUGUCAAAGAAGGAUUGGAGUCUGAUGUGUUCGUUAGGAGUGCUUUGAUUGAUGUCUUUGCUAAGCUUGGUGAGCCAGAGGAUGCUCUUUCGGUUUUCGACGAGAUGGUUACAGGCGACGCCAUUGUUUGGAACUCCAUCAUUGGUGGCUUUGCUCAGAACAAUAAAGGCGAUGACGCGUUGAAGCUUUUCAAGAGGAUGAAGAGAGCUGGCUUCACCGCGGAGCAGGCUACUUUGACUAGCGUGUUGAGAGCUUGUACUGGUUUGGCUCUGUUGGAGCUUGGGAUGCAAGCUCAUGUUCAUAUAGUAAAGUAUGACAGAGACUUGAUACUCAACAACGCGCUCGUGGACAUGUACUGCAAGUGUGGGAGCUUGGAGGAUGCUCGGAGAGUGUUUCGCCAGAUGAAAGAGAGAGAUGUGAUCUCAUGGAGUACUAUGGUUUCAGGGCUGGCGCAGAACGGUUAUAGCCACGAGGCGUUGAAGCUGUUUGAGGCUAUGAAAGCUUCAGGGACGAAACCGAACUACGUUACGGUUGUUGGUGUUCUCUUUGCUUGUAGCCAUGCAGGGCUUCUUGAAGAUGGUUGGUACUAUUUCAGAGAAAUGAAGAAGCUUUAUGGGAUAGAGCCAGGGAGAGAACAUUACGGUUGCAUGAUUGAUCUGUUGGGAAAAGCUGGGAAGCUUGAGGAUGCUGUGAAGCUGUUGAAUGAAAUGGAUUGUGAGCCUGAUGCUGUGACGUGGAGGACGCUUCUUGGUGCUUGUAGGGUUCAAGGGAACAUGGUGCUAGCUGAGUAUGUAGCUAAAAAGGUUUUAGAGCUUGAUCCAGAGGAUGCAGGAAGUUACACAGUGUUGUCUAACAUAUAUGCAAACUCUCAGAGAUGGGACAGUGUUGAAGAGAUUCGUACACGGAUGAGAUACAGAGGGAUGAAGAAAGAGCCUGGAUGUAGCUGGAUUGAAGUGAACAAAAAGAUUCAUGCUUUUAUCAUUGGAGACGAGUCUCAUCCGAUGAAAGCUGAAGUUGAUAAGAAGCUGAACCAGUUGAUUCAUGGAUUAAUUGGUAUUGGUUAUGUGCCUGAGACGGACUUUGUGCUGCAAGAUCUUGAAGGAGAACAGAUGGAGGAUUCUCUUAGACAUCAUAGUGAGAAACUUGCUUUGGCGUUUGGUUUGAUGACGUUGCCUAGUGAGAAAGUGAUUAGGAUCAGAAAGAAUCUGAGAAUAUGUGGGGAUUGUCAUGUCUUUUUCAAGCUAGCUUCGAAGCUUGAAAGACGAAGUGUAGUUAUAAGAGAUCCAAUCCGUUACCAUCAUUUCGAAGAUGGAAAAUGCUCUUGUGGUGACUACUGGUAA